GGUACGAGGUCUCUCAAAAUGGAGCCCCCUUGGGGCUCUGGAUUGGCCGGGACCUGCCCUGGGAUGGGGACCGAGGGGCUGGCCUAGGCCCGGGGGGACUUAUGGAGCCCUAGGCCCGGCCCAUGCUGUGCCCCGCCCCUUUCCCUUCCCAGCGUCUGGAGUGGGGAGCCUAAGGAUGCCCCCAGGGACCUCCUCUUGGGACCCUAGCCGAGGGCACCGCAGUUUGCUUGAACGCCCGACUCUGGCAUCUUGUAGGAAGUGCCAGAUCUGGGCCAUGGCAAGGCCUCAGGGCCAGCCCGCGAGAAUCAUUAUGAGUGCUAAGCUAGGUUAGUCUUUUGCCACUGGCAACAGCACCUUUAUAUUUCUGGCGCUAUGUCAGGCACUGGGAAUUCGUAAGAUAUUGUUCCAAGUUUCAGGGUCAAGUUUGAGAGCCAGAUAAAAACAAAUGAGUGCCCCUGCGAUGUAUGAAUCAGUCAUGUAUGUAUGAACUGUUCAAGGGGCAGUUGCUGGGGAGGCUGAAGAAAGAAGGUGACUUCUCAAUUUUAUUUGUUGGAGAGGAUAAGGUGGAGAAGGGCUUUUCCUACAGGAGGAACAGUUGCAAUGCUGUGAAGGGAUGACUGAGCAUAACUUGUGUGGGAAGCGGAGGAGGGGGGCGCGGGGCUCUUGUGCAAAGGAUGAGAUAUGAGGCUGGGAAAGUAGACCGAGGUCCAGAUAGUGAAGGUUUAAUCCUAAAGGAGGUGGGUACUUUUUGAAGAAUUUUGAGCAGGAGACUGGUAUAGUCGGAUUUGCACCGUAGAAAACCAUCUUGUUCUGGAGGUCAGCCUAUAGGAUAGGAAUUUCUAUAAACUGAUUCUGGACUCUUUAGCUAAAGUCUAGAUGCUCUCAUUGGAGAUUCUUUUGAAGGAGUAGUGGGAUCAGUCUAGUAAGAAGUAAUGAAAUCCUGAAAUGGAGUUAUGACAGUAUUAUUGGAAAGAAGGCAGGUAAUGCUGUAGUGAAUGCUGUAAAGACUCUAUAAUAAAUUGGAUGUUGAGGGUGAAAGAAGUAUCAAAGCUGAGUCUUAGGUUUUAGGCCUGUGGUAUUUGAAGAAUGUUAAUGCCAUUAUCAGCAAUAAAACCAUAAGCCUAGUGUAGAUGACAAAUUCAUUUUUUGGAUAUGUUGACUUGAAGGCCUAGUGAGAUAGCCACAUGGAGCUGUCCAGUAUAGAGUUGGAAAUGCAAAUCUGCAGCUCAACCUAAAUGCUGUGGCUAGAGGUAAAGGUUUGAAUUAUCAUAGAGCGUAGAGGUGGAAGCCAUGGGAAUAGCUGACAUCAGGAAGGGGUUAUUGAGAAAGAAGGGAAUAUUUGGGGGGAAUGGUUGCAUUUACAAAGCAGAAAGAAGACUUAGAACUAAUAGUAGUUGGUGUAGCAGCAGAAACAGAAGUAGAUGAUAAAAUAUAAGAAGUAGAUGAUAAAUAUAAGGGUUCCAGCAACCAAGAAGACUCAGAAGUCAAGAGAAGAGAAUACUGAGAAGGGUCCACUGGGACAAUUGAUGCAGAGCAUUUGGAGAAUGAGGGGGGGAAAGAUGGCAUUUCUUUAUCAAGAGAUCAUGAGUGACCUUUUACAAAGCGAUUUUAAUAGAGUAAUGAGGUGAUAAUAUAUGAAAUAAUGCAGACCUCAAGUGGUUUGGUGUCAAAUGAGAAUGAAAAAAAGGCCACAUAUGAAGGAUUUCACAAACAAAAUUGACAGGCUUUAUUUACUUACUUACCUUGCAUUUGCUUAUAAAGCACAAUUCCAGGCACUAUUCUAAGUUCUUUUAAAAAUUAACUUAAUUUUAAAAAUGAAUUUACUUUAAAAUUAAUUUAAUUUCCCAUAGCAACCCUAUGAAGUAAUAUUCUUUGACAGGUGGGAAAACUGAAAAACAGAAGUGGUUAAGUAACUUGCCCAAGGUCACACAACUAGUAAGUGGUGGAGCAGGGUUUUGAUUCUAGGAAAUGUGGUUUUACCCACUGCACUAAGCAGUGAUUGAAUAUGGGAGUCAAAAGAAUGGGAAAAAUUUAAGCAAAGAUAGACUCAAUUAAUAAAAAAAUGGAGAGGCUUGGAAGGAGAUCCAGAUUGAGAAGAAGGUCUGCCAAAAUGUCUGAAAGAUCAGAUCUCCUUCACUUCAAGUUUGAAAAUUAUGGAGAUUCAAUGUUACAAAAAAUGAACAAAUUAAGAGAAGAGAAUAAAUUUUGUGAUGUUACAGUUCUCAUAGAUGAUAUUGAGGUACAGGGGCAUAAAAUUGUGUUUGCUGCAGGUUCCCCCUUCUUAAGAGACCAAUUUUUACUGAACGAUUCCAGAGAGGUGAAAAUCUCCAUAUUACAGAGUUCCGAAGUGGGGAGACAAUUGCUCUUAUCCUGUUACAGUGGUGUGCUGGAAUUCCCUGAGAUGGAACUGGUAAAUUACUUGACGGCUGCGAGUUUUCUUCAGAUGAGCCACAUUGUAGAACGGUGCACACAGGCCUUGUGGAAGUUUAUAAAGCCAAAACAACCAAUGGAUAGUAAAGAGGGAUGUGAACCGCAGAGUGCUUCUCCCCAGUCAAAAGAACAUCAGGGAGAUGCCAGAGGCUCCCCAAAGCAGGACUCACCUUGUAUCCAUCCAUCUGAAGACAGUAUGGAUAUGGAGGACAGUGAUAUUCAGAUUGUUAAGGUAGAAUCUAUUGGGGAUGUAUCAGAGGUUAGAAGUAAAAAAGAUCAGAACCAGUUUAUUUCUUCUGAACCCACUGCUUUACAUUCAUCAGAGCCCCAGCACUCCCUGAUAAAUUCAACUGUGGAAAACAGAGUAAGUGAAAUAGAACAAAACCACCUCCACAAUUAUGCCCUGUCUUACACAGGCAGUGAUAACAUCAUCAUGGCCUCAAAAGAUGUCUUUGGGCCUAAUAUUCGAGGUGUAGACAAAGGCCUACAGUGGCAUCACCAAUGCCCAAAGUGUACCAGGGUGUUUCGUCACCUGGAGAACUACGCCAACCAUUUAAAAAUGCACAAACUCUUUAUGUGUCUACUCUGCGGCAAGACUUUUACUCAGAAAGGCAACCUUCAUCGACACAUGCGUGUGCAUGCCGGCAUUAAACCUUUCCAGUGUAAAAUCUGUGGGAAAACCUUUUCUCAGAAGUGUUCCUUACAGGAUCAUCUUAACCUUCACAGUGGAGAUAAGCCCCAUAAGUGUAACUAUUGUGACAUGGUUUUUGCACAUAAGCCAGUUUUGAGGAAACACCUUAAACAGCUGCAUGGCAAAAACAGCUUUGAUAAUGCCAAUGAAAGAAAUGUGCAAGACCUCACAGUGGACUUUGAUUCUUUUGCAUGUACAACAGUCACAGACUCUAAAGGGUGUCAGCCACAGCCUGAUGGUACACAGGUCCUGGAUGCAGGUAAACUGGCCCAAGCUGUCCUGAACUUAAGGAAUGAUAGUACUUGUGUGAAUUGAGUAGGGCCUUUAUGCUCCUAACUAGAACUGACUACAAACGUGGCAAUAGUCUGAGUCUUUCUAGGAGUGAUUUUGCGAAUUUGACUUCUCCAAAGCCUCUGUGCUCUGGAAGUCAUAGGGGUGAGUCAAAGCACUAAUAGACCAGGCAACUUGCCACUUGGAGUGGUCUUGCCUUCCUUUUGCCCCUUCCCAUGUUCUGUUUUGAAUUAUUUAUCCUGUGAUGUCUGUUUCCUUUCCCAAGGAGUAUUCCACCUGUCUACCUAACAUUGACUUAUGUCUUAGACUGACACUGUUUUAGACUUUUCACUGGGCACAUUCUGAAGGUACCAACAAGUUAAUAAUAUCACCUCCAAUCCACUAAUAGAUGCUAUGCUAAGAGAAUAAUAUUUUUCAUUAGCAGAAAAUAAGCUGAGAUAUAAGGAGAUAUUGCUGUUGGCCUGAAUAUGUGAUAGAAUUUGUAGUUGCCUUGCCUACUGAUAAUUCAUCUGUGUCUGAUAAAUGAAUGAAUCUGCUUCCUACAAUUUGUACUUGUCUUGGAGCUGGCUAUAAAGUAUUUUAGAUUAUUCUGUACUCUUUUCAACAGUAUAUAGCCCAACUUCACAUCAUUGAAGUUCAUAUAGACCAGAGUACAAUAUUUUUAGCAACACCUGCAGACAGAUAGUUAGGAAUCAGCAUGGGGAGCAUAACCAACAAAGGAUAGUAGUACAGUUGUACAACAGUACUUAUUUGGGAGGUCUUCCCCAAAAAGAAGCCAAAUGUUUAUAAUUAACCUCUAACUUACUUGGUGAUGCUUUUGAAGUCAGGAUUGCUCCAGGCACAUUUAAAGUGUGCUAAUGCGUAAUGGUCUCUCUAAAAAGGGGCUAUCUGGAGUCAUUCUCUAGGCUUUGUUUAGCCAUCAGUAAGGUGAGUUUGGCCUUCAGAGCUUUGUCCAGUGUAUUGUAAUAGUCUCUGAAUUCUCAUUUCCUUGUGUACCUUAACUUCUAAAAUGGAUGAAAAAAGUGAGUCACAGGAGCAAUCAGGUUUUUGCAUUUAGAUAUUCUUAUAAAGGUACAUAGUCCCACCUUGUCACCUCUGAUAGAUCACUAAUACAAAGUUGAUUUUCCAUUAUGGAAAAACAAAACAACUGUUCUUCCUAAAGCACAUGUUAUAGUUCAGAAAUAAAAUUUUGAGUCUUAUUAGCUUCUGACCCAUGAGUUAGAUUUAGGUAAUAGGAGUGUUGGAGUCCAUAGAGAAUCUUAAGAGAUCAUUUAGUCCACCUCUCUUUUUUUAAGUUGGGAUAUCCAAAGCCCAAAGAGGUGGCCUGGCCAAGGUUAGCCAAAGUAGAUAAGUAACUAAAUAUGAGCUACGGUCUCCUCACUUCUCACUGUCCCUUGGCUUAAAAAGAUUUAGUACAUGAUCAAGAAUACCUUAAUAAAAAGUUCCUAGUUUGUGCUUCCCCUCUGUGAAUCACUGUUUGCUUUCUGAGACAUCCUGGAUUUUGCAAAUAAAACAUCACAGAAGGAUUUAUUUUUGUAAGUUAAUUAUUUUUUGGUUAGGAUGAAUAUUACAUUUUUCCUGAGCAAGUGACUGAUUUGCUAGGUGUUGAUUAGGAAGGGCAAGAACAAGUAAGAAUAAUGUGAGAAGGAUCCAAAUGUGAAACUGAUUUUGUCUUGAAACAGUGUUUAUUUAGUUUCCAUCAGGAUUUUCUGUUUUUGUUUCUGAGCUAUGAGAGUCCAUGUACAGAUAAACCAAAAAUUAGUUUUAACUUGAGUAAUCAGAGGGAGUUCUUAAAGUUGUUAUAAUUUGAUGCAUUUAUAUGUGAAUCUGAUUUGAAGUAUAAUUUCUGCCUUUUGUUAAAAGAUUUUAAAUGAGAAUAAAAUUGAGUGAUAAGACUAACAGGUAUCUAUGCCUAAUGUCACUCAUUAUAUGGUCUAAUGAUGCUGCCUAGCAUUCUGGGUUUUUAAUGAUCCAGCCAAAGAGUACCAAUUCUAUGCAACAGUGAGACACUAACAUGUUAACGGAUGUUUCACUAUUUUCUCUGAACAUCAUUUUAUCACAGGGAAAUUUCAAGUUGGAGUGCUUCCUCUGCUUACAUUCAUGUCCUGUUUUUGUUACUGGUUUGAAGGCUAAAAGGCAUGGGUUCAAAUAAGAUUGGUCUCUUUGGUUGGAGACUAUUCCUGGAUUCAUUCAGACAUUCAAGAGACAUUUAUUGAACACCUACUAUUGCCAGGCACUAUGCUAGAUACUGAGGAUAUGAAGGUAAGAUUGCUAUGGUCCCUGCCCUCACAGAGCUUACAAUCCCAUGUAGUCUUAGUGAGAUAAGGUGUCAAUUUGGUUUUAUCCUAGGAAGAAUAAAGAAAACUGCCUUGCUUUCUUUGAUCACUUUAAAUUAGCAUCUUGAUGGUUUUGUAUCACUAAAUCUUCUAGUUCUCACCUUUUUCAACGGCAAACUACUGACAUGGUUUACAGUGUCUUCCAUUUCUUGUCUGGAGAGGUGUUCUGUUUCUGUGAGACAUUUUCUUAAUUUUGGUGGUACUUGACUUUUCUCUUUCUUUGUUUAUACAUGUUUCUUAGAUUGUAUUGCAAAGUGGUCAAGUUACUGAUAUCAAAUAUGUUUUACAGGGGAAGAUGACUUUCAAAACUAGUCGUAUUCUUGUAGAGGAGGAAGAUUUUUUAAAACCUUAGACAUUCAGCAUUUGUAUUUUAUGGAUCCCCAGGAUAACUAAAAAGGAGAGAGGGCUCUCUUUACCAUAGUUUGGUUUUUAAAAAAUUACUGUGUCACAGUUAUUUAUUUAUUAUUUAAUUUUAAAGGCAAACUCCAAACUGAAGUGGCUCUGAGGUAAAUCAGAUGUGGUUUUAAUUUGUUUUAGUUUCCUUAUUAGAAGGUCUAUAAAUGGAGGGUGACCAUUGUCACUACUUCUAAGAUAUAUCCUAAACAAACAACCCAGAACAUUUUAUUUCAGCUGGUGAAUAGCUGUUCUCAAUCUGUUGUAUGUUAGACAUACUGUGAACUACCUCUUCACUUAUUAUGGGGAAGUUUCCUUAAUAAAAGUUUGACA